ACGAGCCACUGCACGAAUCCAACACGAGCUGUGGGGAACGACGAGCCGUUUUACGCCCUACGUAAGUACGUCAGAUCUCCGAACUUCUUAUAUCAGCCUGGAAAGAAGUGGUUUUAUGCGUCUCGAGUUUUCCAACGAUGGCGAUCGCACCUCUGCGUCGACUACCCCUCUUCCGCUACCACUGCUCUUCUCCUUCCGUUUCCUUUUUGUCCCGCUUGAUUUCUUCUUCCUCCUUCUCGGAUGUCAUCCCGAGGCCGAAGGCCUUCGACAACCGAAUCCCGUACAAGGGCAAGUACUCCACCGUGUUGUUUCUCGCUGUCACGGGUAGCCAUCACCUUCAAGGUUUCCAUCUUCCAUUUGUAGGAAGCUUUGGACGGGGGUACAGUGCACCAGCCAUAACUAAGUUGCCUGUCAUAACCGAUCCGGACAUAGAAGCCGCAUUCAAGGAUUUAAUGGCGGUAUCUUGGAAUGAGAUCCCAGAUUCUGUUGUCAACGAAACAAAAAAGUCUUUGUCUAAGACUACUGAUGAUACUUUUGGGAAGGAGGUUUUGGCCAACGUCUUUCGUGCAGCUGUAGCUUCAGUUGAAUUUGGUAGUACUUUAGUUUCUCUUAGAAUGACACUUGAUGACCUGGCCGGUUUAACUGGGGAGAGUGUUGGACGUUUGCCAGACUAUUUAGAAGAUGCUCUGAGAGCGGCAUAUAGACGUUACAUGACUUAUCUAGAUUCAUUUGGUCCCGAUGAAGCAUAUCUACGGAAAAAGGUUGAAACUGAACUUGGAUCAAAGAUGAUACACUUGAAGAUGAGAUGCAGUGGCAUUGGCUCUGAAUGGGGAAAGGUUACUCUUCUUGGGACCUCUGGAAUUUCUGGUUCUUAUGUUGAACAAAGAGCUUGAAGAAAAUGAAAAUUCAGUUCUGAACAUGUCUGCACGCACGCAGAAAUUUUCGUAAUUUGACGUUUCCUUAUUAUUUUAUCCGUGUUCUGUAAAAGAACACUUUAGUUUUCAGUUCCUUCAAAGCAGCACUGAAAUAUUGUAAAUUAAAUAUAUUAUAUCGCAGCAUUCUUCAGUGGAGCCUCUAUUAUUUUGAUGCAGAAUUUUUAUGUGUUCCGUGGACAGUAAGUAAAUGCGUUUUUAUUCUUGAGAAAUACUAUGCUGUUUGAAUUUAUUGGAACAGGGCUACAUUCAAUUGGAUUUAGGCCAUUUGGUGGCUUGGUUC